AUGAAAAUACCAACUUGCCUAUGCGGGCUGCUGCUCAGAAUCUGGGCCCUCUUGGCGCUCGCUCUCGCGCUCUCCAUAACGGCUUUGCCCCCUCCCUCCCGCGCCGACGUUGGGCAGCCCGACCACGACAACGCCAGUGCCGCCGGCCUGCAGCUCGAGGCGCCGUUGAAUGAGCACGAGAGCCGGUGCACGACGGCGGCGCGGUUCCCGCACCAGCCUGCGGACCAGCGCAGUUCAGUGGCAGUGUGCAACCAGGGCCAGUGUCACUUGUAUUACGACGCCGCCACGCUCGCAAGGGCCGGCCUAAGCGCCUAA